AUGAAGGUAAUUGAGUCUCAUGAUACAGUGAAAUUCCCCGAGGGGGUAACUUUUUCGGUGAACAAGCGGCGAGUGGCUGUUAAAGGGCCACGGGGUACACUCACCCGUGAUUUUCGUCAUGCGCAUAUGGAGAUCGAACGUGUUGGUAAGGAUACAAUUCGAGUUCGUAAAUGGUUUGGUGUGAGGAAGGAGCUGGCUGCAAUUCGUACGAUUUGCUCGCAUAUUGAGAAUAUGAUCAAAGGUGUCACGAGGGGAUAUCGUUACAAAAUGCGAUCGGUUUAUGCGCAUUUCCCAAUCAAUAUUUCCCUUCAAGAAAAGAACACUGUGGUCGAAAUCCGAAAUUUCUUGGGUGAGAAGAUCAUUCGACGUGUGCCACUGCCUGAAGGAGUAACUGCCAAUAUGUCGACGACACAAAAAGAUGAGUUAAUUAUCGAUGGAAAUGAUAUUCAACUUGUAUCGCAAGCUGCAUCUCGAAUCCAGCAGUCAACAACCGUUAAGAACAAAGAUAUUCGUAAAUUCUUAGAUGGUGUCUAUGUGAGUGAGAAGACGACAGUUCAGUCGCAAUAG